AUUAAAUCUAAUAUCAGUAUUAGUCAUUAAUUUUCUACAUAUGUUUAUUUAACCUCAAAACGUCAGUUCACUUUGCACAUUGUGCAAGCAUAUCGUGCUUUCAAAGACCAUGUACGCCAACAAUAGUUCAGGCGAUGCCAAAGAAAAUAUUACCAUCGUAGAUCUCCGGUCAGACACGAUAUCAGUGCCGACUGAUGCCAUGAGACAAGCCAUGUUAACGGCCGAAGUCGGCGACGAUGUAUACGGAGAGGAUCCGACAGUGAAAAUUUUGGAAAAAAAGUCUGCCGAAUUGCUGGGAAUGGAAGCUGCACUGUUCACGCCUAGUGGGACUAUGGCUAAUUUAAUAGCAAUUCUGGUGCACUGUAAAAGACGUGGCUCCGAAUUGAUUUGUGGAGACUUGGCACAUACGUUUUUGUACGAACAAGGUGGUGCAGCUUAUCUAGCCGGUGUCCAAAUCUGCACAAUUCCCAACAAACCUGAUGGCACAUUCUGUCUGAAGCAAAUGCGACGGAAAGUGAGAUCCACGGACUACCAUGAACCUAUAACUAGUUUGGUCAUUGUUGAAAACACACAUAACAUGUGUGGUGGAAAGGUAUUACCUUUACCCUGGCUCGAUGAAUUAGUACAAAUAACCAAAGAAUUGGAUAUAAAACUGCACGCAGACGGCGCCAGAUUAUUUAAUGCAUCCGAAUAUUUGGGCAUUCCGCCUUCGCGCCUGGUACAAGGAUUUUCUUCGGCUUGUUUCUGUCUAUCUAAAGGUCUUAGUGCUCCUGCAGGAUCUGUACUUGUGGGAGAUGCCGAAUUUAUAAAAGAAGCUAGGCGUAUGAGAAAGGCCCUAGGAGGAGGUAUGCGCCAAAUAGGCAUUUUAGCAGCAGCAGGAUUGGUGGCUUUGGAUCAGGUCGUGCCUACUUUGAAGAUUGAUCAUGCAAAUGCCAGAUUAGUAGCUGAAGCCAUUUACAAUCACAAUUCCAACAAUUUCGUUCGAGUAGACGUCGAUAAUUUGCACACAAACAUUCUCCUGUUAGAAAUUUGCGAUAAAAACGGCGAAGAGCACGACAAAUUCACGGCUUCCGAUUUGGCACAACGUUUGGCUUUCGUCACAGAAGAUGAAAUCACGAAUAAAAUCACUGAUGGUCAAGGUAAAGGGAUAAAGGUGAGGGUCAGUGCCAGGGACUGGAAAUUCGCCAGACUUGUCUUCUAUCAUCAAAUCAGGGAAAGAGAUGUGCAGCUCGCGAUUAAGAAGAUUCUUUACGUUCUGUCGGAAUUUAACGAAAAAUAUGGUUAA